AUGCCUAUAUAUGCAUUUCCGGAACAACAGGCGGUGUUGGGCUCAUCGGUGUCGCUGCCGUGCGAGAUAACAGCGCCGGGAAUGUCGACCGAUUCCGUGACCUUAAUCCUCUGGUAUAGGGGGGACGACAUAUCGGGUGCGCCCAUCUAUAGCAUAGACGCCAGGAGUCGGAACACACCCCUCGAAAGUGCCAAACAUUUCAUCGCCGACGACUACGAGGGCCGCGCAGUCUUCGACAUAUCCGUCCGCCCGGCGCUCCUCAAACUCGGCCCUAUCGUCGACACCGACGGCGGACAGUACUGGUGUCGAGUGGACUUCCGGUGGACCCGAACCACAAUCAGCAGCGUUUUGCUCAGUGUUGUCGGUAUGUGUCCGCACAGUCCGGCCGUAGAUCUCCUGCUUAUGCAAUGA